UUGUCACGUGACACCUGACGUUUCACAGGUAAACAAUAUGGCGGCUUCCAUGAGUGUUGCCAACGCCGCCGCUAGCGGAGAUUUGACAUUGGUGAAGGAACUUCUUCAAAAAGGUUGCUCUCCCAAUGAGCGUUCCAAGGAUGGGAUGACUCCACUAGCUGUAGCAGCUUUCUGGGGAUAUGCUGAAAUUGUAGAAGUUCUGCUGGAAUGCAGAGCAGACAUUAACACUUGUAAUAACAACACCCUUUGGACAGCCUUGCAUUGUGCUGCUUUCCAAGGUCAUGGAAAGGUCAUCAUGAAAUUGAUGGAUUAUAAACCUGACCUCUAUCUCAAGGACAAUCAGGGGAGGACUGCGGUUGACUUUGCUUCUGCACUCGAUGCAAUAUGGCCAUUUUUUGCAGCUGCUGGAUGUAAGCGAACUUCAAAAGCAGACCUCAUUCGCAUGGACAUUGUAAAAAAGGUGUCACAAGAUCCAGCUAAUGUAAAUCCUUCCAUACAUGGUAUACAACAGUCGGACUUUGCUCACUUCUCUAGACCUGGGUCAGCAUAUGUGAUGAAGUCCCAGCCGUACCGAGGGCAGAGCAGCUAUACAGACUCCAAUAUGGCUGUGGCAUCAGUAACAGGAGAUGUUCUGGCUGGUACCCCAGACUCACCCCAUGCCAACAGUAGGGCACCCAUCCCAUCCUUCUCAUUAUGGCAGCACUGACCCUUGGUCAAAGACCUCUGGUGUUGAGGUCAAAGACAAUGAAAGAGCUAUUUAGAUUUCCAAGUGAUGCUUGAGGACGUUUUUUGGGGAAAUUAUGACAUUCGAUCCGUCAAUGUAAGUGUGGUGAAACGGUAAUGGUCGCUCAUCAACAGUCCAGAAUAUUGUACCAAAUACUUCAGCAAAGUGGAUUUAAAUGACUGCAGAUGAUGGAAUACUUGCACAUUUUGAAACCAAGAGCUAUUUUCACAUCCAUAUAAGCCAUUGUUUGUCAAUGGUUUGUAUUGAUUGAUAAUGUAAUAGCCAGGAGUUCAGAGAUACCAGAAAGAAAGCUAAAGGUCAGAGAUUUUCAGAUCUUAUUGACAGAUAUUUCUUUAAGAACUCCAUGGAUUUGUCAUAUGGUGAUUGAGUUAAACACCUGUGUAGAAUGGGGUCGGCAGCUUUAAGAAAUAACAAUGUUAAGAAAUCAUCAUAUUAUAUAUGUUGCUUACUUUAAGCUACCAGGACAAGUGCUGCCAGUGUUUGCCAUCAUUUACCAUCUUGUCAUUAACAUUACACUAUUGUUUGCCAACUUUGAGCCACUAUUUCAAUAACCAUACUUUACUGUAGGUGUAUUGUUUGCGAACUUAAGAACUAGCAAUACAAUAGCUUUUAGUGUUCAUUAACUUUAAUCAUCAUGCUUAUAACUAUAGAGUUUACCGACUUUGAAAUUUUGAGCCUUUAGGUAAAAGAUUACAAUUAAAAUCUCUUGCUUUGAACUAUCAGGUUUACAAUUGAUUCAAAAAGUUCACUGACUUUGAAUAAAUGGCUGCCACAAAUUCACUGACCUUUAAACCCUUAGGUCAAGGACUAUCAUAAUAUUUGAAACAUAUAAGAAGAGGAACAUAAAGUUCUUAUUUUUUCAAUAAGAUAGUCUGUUUGAUACAGUCUGUAAUAAUCCAAUGAUAGAAAAUGCUCUCAGACAUAAUGAAAGGUUUCAUUUUCUCAUUGGAGUUUCAAGAGACAGAACUCCUGUCUGAUCUGAUGGUAUGGUAAUCACUCGUAGGACCAUGCAAUAUGUUUAUUAAAUGAAAAAAUUUCGUUACAGAUAUUUCAUAUCAAGCAUAUUUAUUGUGUAAUAAUAAAGAAGGAAAUGGCUUAAGAUAAUUAUUUUGUUCCUAUCAAGCAAAUUUCCGUUUAUAGUAAGCAGGUUUAACUGUAAGCUGACUAAAGUUACUGUUUUAACAUCUUCAACUUAUUCGACUUAUCUGUAUUGAACUGUAACUUAAUCAACAUACUCUAACAUUAUACUUAAUACAGUAGCUUGCUGUAGUUUAAUUUCCAAAUAACUUGUGGAAACCUUCGUAGAGCCAUAAGUGGCAGUUUAUCCUUUGAACAUGUUUAAAGAUAACCACAGUAUAAUCAUUUGUUAACAAACUUCAAUAACAUAUACUUCAGUAAUGUAAAUAUUCUUUAGUAACAUACUCCAGUAACAUACUUCAGUACUGUACUUCAGUAAUUUUCUUCAGUAACGUACUUCAGUAAUGUUCUUCAGUAACAUACUUGAAUAGUGUAAUUGAGAUACUUACUUCAGUAGUUUUCUUCAGUAACGUACUUCAGUAAUUAUAUAUAAUGUACUUCAGAAGUUCAGUAAUGUACUUCAGUAAUAUACUUCAGUAAUUAUCUUCAGUAACAUACUUCAGUAAUGUUCAACAGUACUUUUUCGCUCUUUAUCCUAGUAUAGCUUUCUUUAAAAAAAAGUUGCACAUAUGAAGUCAUAUCUCAACUUUCUUCCUGAUAUACUUUAGUUUAACCAAGUUUAGCUUUACAAUUACCCCCUCAAUUUACCGUAUUUCAACUAAAAUUAACAUUCUUAACUUUACUGUACUCAACAUACGACUUUCAUUAUUGGCCCUAGUUUAACCUUCUUUAACUAACUUUACCCAGUCUAACAUGUAAUUACCAUGGUCAUAUACAUUAUACUACGUUACUUAACAGAUGUGUGACCAUGAAAGGCUUAAGUAUGGUAAUUGGUAAGACUAGGUUUUAAUGUAGGCUUUGUAGAACAUAUGAAAAUAUCUAUUAUAUGUAUGCUAGUAAUUAACUCAACUUUUCUUUUUUCACCUUUUUAACAUGUAUUUUAUACUUAUCAGAAGUGUAUACAUUCCAUGGUUUUCCAUCUCUCAUUUCUGAUUAUGUGUUCGAAGGUUGAGUUAAUCUUAAGUGCAAUCUUGUUAUCCAAAAGUCAAUUUCACAUUCUUUUUUUUUUUUUUUUCAUUGUAAAUGUAACUGAAAAUGUGUGAACCUGAUGAAAUUGUUUAAAAUGUUGAUUUAUCUUUUUAAAUUUUUAGUCAAUAUCUGAAUAGUUUCCUCUGGCCCUGACACCAUGUCUGGUGUAGGACCUGGUGUCGGGGCCAGAGGAAACUCGGGCUAAUGUACAUGUGCUCAUUCCUUAUGGUAAAUCAAUAAGUAGCUCAAUUUAUUUAAAUAUCCAUCAUUAGAAUUAUAUCUAUUUUUAUACCAGUACCUUAUCCAUCUGAGCACACCCUAUGAGCUCACUCUACCUUCUUUACCUAAAAGAGGAUGGAUGAAUUGCUUAUUAAAGCACAUAAAAGUGUGCUUACCUCACUAUUAUGCUAAUAGUAUUUCAAACAAAAAUUUCCUGAGAAAUAAAAUCGGCUGUUUAUUGUGUCCUUAUAGUUAAGUUUUAUUAAAAAUAAGCACAUUUACAUGCUUUUGUAAACACAUGAUAUGCUUAUAGUGAGUUGCAUAGAGUAACUAUAAUAUCACAGGAGAUAUUUUGAGACAUUCUACUGUUUUUAAGUAAAGAUAAUUUAUAACAGUCCAUUACUGAUGUAAACAUGUACUGUAUGGAAACCAGGCCAAUGACACACCAGUCACAUGACCAAGAGUGUGAGAAUUUUAUAGUCUCAUCUCAUUGGUGUGAUAAUUGCCUGCCAUGUAUGUCUUUGUUUUAGUUUUAAAUGUUUAUUUUCUAUACAUGCAAUACCAUAGCUUCAUAUUGUUCUGUUGGUCCAAACUAUUAAGACAGGGUAAGAUUAUGAAAUAAGGAGACAGAGUAAAGAUUAUUCUUACUACUUAAGGCUGUCAUAUGAUAUAAUUCUUUUGUAAACAAGUGAUAAAAAAACUUGGUUGUGUAGUGCCUAAAUUGUAAUUUAUCAGUGAGAUUAGGAGAAUCUGAUAGCCAUGUGUUUAAUUUCAUGGUUCCUCUGUGUUGUGAUUUAUUUAAGCAAUGCUCUUUUUGUAUGUUCUUUAAGUGCCCAAUACUCUUUUAAACAUUUUCAAUGCCCUGCACACCUUAAGUGUGUACUUACAUGUAUUAUAUCAUUAUUGUAAAUAUUUUGAAUACCAUAAUGAUGUCUGGGCACCAUGUCACCAGUAUAAAACUAAACAAAAGAAUGUUGUUUCUAUUUUUUGUAUAGAUGGUAUAGGGAUUCACACUUGUGUAUCAACACUAUUGAAUAUUGUAUCUAUGUGGUAUGCACAUGUUAAUGAUUAUGUAUUUGAAAAUUAAAAAGAGAUACUUUAAA